AUGGAUAGAGGAAAUCACUCAAUGGUGUCUGAGUUUUUGUUGCUGGGACUCACCACUUCUUGGGAGCUUCAGGUUCUCCUCUUCCUGUUUUUCACAGUAUUUUACAUAGCAAGUAUGCUGGGAAACCUUCUCAUUGUGUUCACCAUCAUCUCGGACCACCACCUACAUUCCCCAAUGUACUUUCUGCUGGCGAACCUCUCAUUCAUUGAUACUGGCAUUUGCAGCAUUGCCACCCCAAAGAUGAUUUACGACCUUUUCCGGAAACACAAAGCCAUCUCUGUGAAAGGAUGCAUCACUCAGAUGUUCUUCAUUCACACGGUAGGAGGGACAGAGAUGGUGCUGCUCAUCGUGAUGGCGUAUGACCGCUAUGUGGCUAUCUGCAGGCCCCUGCACUACCUGACCAUCAUGAGCCUCAGAAUGUGUGCUUGCCUUUUGACUGCUGCUUGGACCAUUGGGCUCAUCCACUCUGUGGCUCAGCUGGCUUUUGUGGUGAACUUACCCUUCUGUGGUAGCAACCAAAUGGAUAGCUUUUACUGUGAUUUUCCUCGGUUCAUCAAGCUUGCGUGUACAGACACAUACCAGCUGGAGCUUCUGGUCACUGCCAACAGUGGUUUCAUCUCCAUGGGCACCUUCUUCAUCUUGCUUGUGUCUUACAUCUUCAUCCUGCUCACGGUUCGUAAGCACUCUCCGGGCAGUUCUUCCAAGGCCUUCUCCACCCUCUCGGCUCACAUCACUGUUGUGGUGUUUUUCUUUGGCCCUUGCAUUAUUAUCUAUGUGUGGCCAUUUCCCACAUUGCCCAUAGACAAAUUUUUAGCUAUCUUUAAUGUUAUUGUCACUCCUUUUAUGAAUCCUGUCAUCUAUACAUUCAGAAAUAAAGAGAUGAAGGUGGCGAUGCAGAGGCUGGUUUCUAAGGCUUUACAUUUUGGCAAGCAUUCUUUCAUACACACUCCAAGAAAUUCACAUUCAGUUUGA